GGGUGCCAUUUGAGUGCCCAGUGAGCGCGCGCGAUUAUUAGAUUCAGGAAAAUACGGAGUGGUUGAUAGCCAUUCAGAGCUAGUUUUUUUAUUCAAUGCGAAGUAUUUUCAACUUAAUACACGGUAAUUUUAGUUAGGUGCUUGACUUUUCUGGAAACUUCAUGUUUUUAUAGUAUUUUAAAACACUGCGGUAAUGCUCAUGUUGAAAUAUUUAUGUAUCAAAAUUUCUGUGAAUUAAACAAGCUAGAAAAUUUUUUUAGUUUUCGAAUGAAGCUCUAAGGUCGUUUGUUGUUUUGUCACUUAUGGAAAAUAGUUUGGCGACCUAACAAUAGAGUGGCAAAAACCAUGGCUGACGAUGAAGAUGGGAAAGAAUACCGCUGGGAAACAGGAUAUGAGAAGACAUGGGAGGCCAUCAAAGAAGAUUCCGAAGGCCUCUUGGAAGGACCUGGGCUCGAUAUGGUACAACGGGCAAGACGUCGGCAGCGUCAAAAAUUAAGUCAUACUCGACUAGCUUUUGGAAAUUUUAUUGAAGAGUUUUUGAAUCAAAACCCUAUAAGCCAACUCGGAAAUAAUAUCAACGUAAAAAUAAAAGAGCAGAGAAGAUGUGUGAACUUGCUGCGUAACCCAGGAAAACAUCUCAAAGUUAUUCGAGGACUUUCUACUGCAAACUGCAGUGGUGAACCUAGCCUCCAAAAUGCUUUGGACCUUGCAAUUCGUUCAUUAAGGCUUCUUCCUGCACAUGCUAGCCGUGAAGUUCUAGUCUUAAUGGCUAGUUUGACCACUUGCGAUCCUGGUGAUAUUCUUGUUACCAUUCAAGAACUGAAGACACUGGGAGUUCGUUGUUCCGUUUUGUCUCUUGCUGCAGAAGUUCAUGUGUGUCGCUUGUUAGCUCGAGAAACAGGGGGUCAAUUUGGUGUAGUUCUUGAUGACUGUCAUUUUCGUGAUCUCCUCUUGGGUCAUGUAGACCCUCCUCCAGCUGUUACUGGACUAGAAUCUUCACUAAUAAAAAUGGGUUUUCCACACCAUCAGAUUACUGAAGGGAAAGAAGCAGCACUCUCCAUUCAUGUGGAAGUGAGCGAUGGUGAACCUGGAGGUGGCCUUAAGGCUGGGGGCUACUUCUGCCCCCAGUGUUCCAGUAAAUACUGUGAAUUACCUGUGGAAUGUCGAGCAUGCAAUCUGACCUUAGUCUCUGCACCUCACUUGGCUCGCUCAUAUCAUCAUUUAUUUCCUGUUGAUGUAUAUGUCGAGAGAGAAAGAAGUGAAUUUGAAGACUCUAUUAGUCAUUGUUUUGCUUGUCGACGUCUCUAUGUUGACAGUGAUAAACAUGUGUACGAGUGCAACCGGUGUGCCCAAGUGUUUUGCUUGGAUUGUGAUAUUUUCAUUCAUGAAACAAUGCAUGUUUGUCCUGGUUGUGCUACUAAUCAGACUACUGUGAAUCUUUGAUAAUAAAACAAAGCUAUACUUUAUAUUGAAUUUAUUGACUUUUUCUUUGUUUCAUCUCAUAAUUAUGAAAAUGCUGCAAUAUUCCAUGAGAGGCUAGAAAAUUUAGUGGAAAUCCAUGUCAUUCAUGUAUCCAAGGUAAUAAACAAUUACAUUUUAUUUGAUAGUUAAGUAGUUAUAUCUUUGUUAACAGUUUUAAACAAAGUUUCAGGGUAAGUUUUCACGUCAAAUUUCUUGUAUUUGAAACUUUCAGAGUGUGAAAAUCAUAAAUGAGGCACAUAGAUAUGAAUUAAUUAAUUUAUAUCCAUGGUAGGGACAAGUUAUUUUCCAACAAAAACUCUUUAGGUGACAGUUCUGGGCAAUCCCCCUGUCAAUUGGCACUGUCACAUGGCAGUGUAUAAAGUUGAUGGAAGAGAAAUGUAAUUAAGAAUACAUUGUUUUUUUUAAUGGUUUGCUGAAAACGGAAGUUUUAAAACUUGAUUACUUGCAAUAUAUGUGAUUUUUGGCACAAUUGGAAUAGGUCUGAAAAUUUAUUUCACCAAAAACAUGAACCAUCAUAUUAAAUAGCACUCUAUAUGCAAUUACAUUUACUUGAAAUUAAUAAUUAAAAUUGUUGAAUUAUAUUUUUGUUUUGAGAUUAAAUUAUUUUCUACCUAAUAACAUUCAAUGAGAAAAUGUCUUGAACACAAAAAAUUCUAUCAUGGUUCUUAU